CACCGACCACUCCCACCACAAUUCCGACCGUUGCUCUUCUUCGUUCUCCUCCUCUGUUUCUUCGAAGCCUCGAUCGCUUCGGAGACACUUCAAACUCCACACCCUCUCCUUCGAUCAAAACAAUUUUUUUUAAAAAUUCAAUAAAAUAACAUAGAAUUGGUCAACGCGACCAAAUCUUUUUGCCUUCAAAGUCAACCUUUCCCCCCUCCACCAUGUCGACCCCCUCCGCCGCGUUCCUCCUCUUCCCUAAUCCCCGAAUCCCCCUCCUCUCCCCCUCCCCCAAAUCGGCACCUCCUCCGACGACGACGACGAUUAGGGUUAGGGUUUCUAGGGUUCCGAGAUCACGAACCCUAGCAACCGGCGCCGGAGGCGGAGACGGCGGCGGCGGCGGCAGCAAGAUGACGUCGCCGGCUCCGCCGGCCACCGUCGACUGCGUCGGCACAGGCUCCGACGUCGAGUGCUUCGUCGCCGCCUCCUCCGAGGCGGAUCGGCUCCUGGAGGAGAAGGCCCCCGCGGGGUUCGAGAUCGUGGGGGGCGGCGCCGCCGCCGCCGAGGAGGGCUUGAUUCAAAAGGUGUUGGAGUGGGGGCUUCUUGUAUCGCCCUUCUUCUUCUGGGGCUCGGCCAUGGUCGCCAUGAAGGAGGUGAUCCCCAAGACCGGGCCGUUCUUCGUCUCCGCCUUCCGAUUGAUCCCCGCCGGAGCGCUUCUUAUCGGAUUCGCCGCGAUCAGGGGGAGGAAGCAGCCGUCGGGGUUGCUUGCGUGGGCGUCGAUCCUCGCCUUCGGCGUCGUGGAUGCCGCGUGCUUUCAGGGAUUUCUCGCUGAGGGUUUGCAGAGGACGUCUGCGGGAUUGGGAAGUGUCAUCAUUGAUUCCCAGCCUUUAACAGUUGCAGUUCUUGCAGCACUAUUAUUUGGAGAAUCAAUUGGUGCAAUCGGAGCAGCUGGGCUUGUGCUGGGUGUCAUUGGUCUUCUUCUCCUUGAGGUCCCGGCAAUUUCCUUUGACGGAAGCACCUCAUCAAUAUGGGGAAGUGGGGAAUGGUGGAUGCUUCUUGCGGCUCAAAGCAUGGCUGUUGGGACCAUCAUGGUUCGUUGGGUGUCUAAAUAUUCCGAUCCUGUCAUGGCAACUGGAUGGCACAUGAUUAUUGGCGGACUCCCUCUGGUGGUGAUCUCCGUCCUUAAUCAUGAUCCUGCAGUGAAUGGAAAUUUGAUGGAGCUUACUUCAAGUGAUCUAUUAGCACUUUGCUACACCUCCGUGUUUGGAAGUGCUGUCAGUUAUGGUGUAUACUUCUAUAAUGCAACUAGAGGUAGCUUGACCAAACUUAGCUCCCUCACAUUUUUGACUCCAAUGUUUGCUUCAAUUUUCGGGUUCUUGUACCUUGGUGAGACUUUCUCGCCUAUACAGCUCGGCGGUGCAUUAAUUACAUUAUUAGCUAUUUAUAUGGUGAAUUACCGCAGUUUAAGUGAUGAAGCAUGAGAAAAUGGCUGGUGAUGACGAGGCUGCCACAUUUGCAAUGCAAUUAUACGGAGCAUAGGUUAUACUUCUGAUACAAGUUGAACAAAAUAGCAUCAUGGAGAUUACUGGAAUUCACCGAUUCAUCGCUCUGUUUCAUCCGAGGAACGCUGGUCUUUUCCCAUUUUAAGUGUCGAAGCCAUGAUGAUUUAGCCUUCCUUUAUACGAAAAACCAGUUAAUUGAACUCAGCUACUGUACAAAGUUUUGUUUGUAUAUAUUAUGCUUAAGAAGCUAGCAACUGCUGAUGUAACGCUUCUUGCGAAUCGGGACAUGGUUUUUCGACGACACUUUAAAAAGCUUUUUUGAUACAGUACAGCAACUGUAUGAAUAGUUUUAUUAAUGGUGCAUGAAUUAUAGCUUCUGUUGUAAAUUGGAGCCA